AUGUCUUCGCCGGCGCCGUUCUUCGUCUCCUCCUCGCUCUCGAUCACGUCCCCGCGCCAAAUCCCCAAGUCGAAGUUCACAUACAAGCAGCUACACCAGUUGGAAUCGUACAGCACGCAAACGCCCCUACGAGUCAUCGCACACGUCGAUCUUGAUGCCUUCUACGCGCAGUGCGAGACUGUACGCCUCGGCAUUGACCCAGCAAAACCUCUCGCAGUCCAGCAAUGGCAGGGUCUCAUUGCGAUCAACUACCCUGCGCGCGCAUUCGGUCUGAGCCGACAUGUGACGUCGACGGAAGCGCUGAAACAGUGCCCAGAGCUCAUUAUGCAGCAUGUGGCGACAUGGAAAGAAGGCGACGAGAAGUGGGCGUACCAUGAGGACUCCUUUGCGAAUAUGGCCACACACAAAGUCAGUCUUGACCCGUAUCGAUUAGAGAGUAGAAGGAUCUUGAAGUGCAUCAAAGAAGCGCUGCCCGAGAAGGAGCAGCGCGUGGAAAAAGCUAGCAUUGAUGAGGUCUUUAUGGAUCUCAGUGCGCAGGUGCACAACAUAUUGUUGGAGAGAUACCCCAUGCUGAGAGGACCGCCGCCGUACGACGAUUCCACAGAACCGCUGCCGAAAGUACCGACUACUGUAUUGGAUUGGGCUGCCGAUGCGCUUGUCGAGACUGGGGAGGAGGAUGGAGAAGACAAAGAUCCUGACUGGGAUGAUGUUUGCAUGGUCAUUGCAUCUGAGAUCGUUCGAGAUGUGCGCAAACGUAUCGAAGACACCCUACACUACACAUGUUCUGGUGGAGUUGCGCGCAACAAGAUGCUGGCCAAGCUAGGCUCAGGAUACAAGAAGCCCAACCAGCAGACUGUCAUUCGCAACCGAGCAGUCAAGCACUUCCUCUCAAACAUGAAGUUCACGAAUAUCAGAAAUCUCGGUGGCAAGCUGGGCGACGAGGUCGUCGCUAUGUUUGGCACAGAUAAAGUCAAGGACCUGAUGGAGCAACCGCUGGUUCAGCUGAAGAAGCUUGGCGACGAUACGGGCAGCUGGCUAUACUCGAUCAUCCGAGGAGAGGAUAAUAGCGAAGUCAACACUCGAACGCAAAUCAAAAGCAUGCUGUCAGCGAAGUCCUUCAGACCAUCGAUCAACUCUUUCGAACAAGGCGUCCGGUGGAUCCGCAUCUUUGUCGCCGACAUCUUUUCAAGAUGUGUAGAGGAAGGUGUCCUGGAGAACAGGAGAAGGCCGAAGACGAUUGUGUUGCAUCACCGACAAGGUGCACAAACACGAAGUAGGUCAGCGCAGAUCCCGCAGGGUAAGGCGCUUUCAGAAGCCAUCUUUUUCGAUCUCGCCAAGAAUCUGUUGGCCCAAGUCGUUGUCGAUGGUCGAGCAUGGCCAUGCGCCAACCUCUCGUUGAGUGUAGGUGGCUUUGAGGAUGGACCAAAGAACAACGCCGGCAUUGGCGGGUUCCUCGUACGCGGUGAACAGGCUAAAGCCAUAAUGUCUUCGGACCGCGGCGGUGAGCCACCAGCAAAGAAGAGACGAACGAAGGGUAACAUCGCCAAGUUCUUCGGACCAAGGGAUGAAAAGAGAAAAGAUUUCGACGCAGCAAGAGCAGUCUUGAUGAAGGAACACAGUGAGUCCACAAGGGAUGAGGCAGAAGACGAUGUCGACGAUCAAGAUGAAGAAGAUGCAUCGGACAACAUUCGCAGUGACGAAGUUACAAGACCAAUAACACCAACGCUAAAUCGCCAUGGCACUGAAGAAGACAUACACAUUGCUACCACGCCACCCUCAGCACAACCACGUCCGCCUCCGGACUCACCACCUCUCCAUCAUAAUUCUCGCAUUGAGGUGCCCCCGAUCCCGCCGGCACUUCUGCCUUACUCAAACACAGAUGUGCAGAAGACACUCAACAUGUACUUCUGUCCCAAGUGCAACCUCCACCUGCCCAAAGCUGAGGAGGCUGAGCAUAUUGACUACCAUUUUGCACUCGAUUUGUCCAAGGAGAUGCGGCAUGAAGAGCGCAUUCCACCCCCGGUACCGAAAGAGCGAGCGGCUCCGAAACCGAGUCGAGGUAGGGGCAGGCCACCUGGCAGCGGAACUGGCCGAUGCGCAAGAGGAGGUGAGGCAGCGAGUUCUGAGAAGGGUCAGAAGAAGCUGUUCUUCGGCUGA